AUGUCUCUCACUGAUAUCCUCUCUGCUGAAGCCAUUGAAAAUGCCAUUAAGGACUGUGAAGCUCCGGACUCCUUCACUUACAAGAAAUUUUUCCAGCUCAUUGGCCUGACUAAAAAAAGUCCAGAGGAAGUUAGGGAAGUGUUCCGCCUCUUAGAUGACAACAACAGCGGGUUUAUAGAGGAGUCAGAGCUCAAGUACUUCUUGCAGCGGUUUAUCCCGGGGGCACGGACUCUGACAGUGACUGAAACCAAGAACUUCAUGUCAGGUUCAGAUGGUAACAGCGAUGGCAAAAUUGGAGCAGAUGAAUUCCAGAGCAUGGUCCUGUCUUAAAAGAAUGACCGACUCCCAGUCCACUACCAGCAGUCAUGCUGAAGUUUCAUCUGUCCCACUUCCUUUUACAUUUCCAAAGAUUUUUCAAAGACCAACAUGCAC